AUGAUGCCUUUCAAGUCGAUUAUCAUACAAUACGCCCAACAGAGGUGUCAAUCGAGAUCCCAGAGCAAUGGGUUGAGCGCCGGGCACUCGGGUCUGAACCCCAAUUACGGGGAGAACCUGUUUUGGAUGGGAAGCAGCAACCAAAUGAUUCCCAACUGUUCGCAAGCCAUUACAGCCUGGUAUAAUGAGAUACAAAACUACGACUUCUCAAAGCCGGGCUACAGUUCAGCAACCGGACACUUUACGCAACUGGUGUGGCUGUCAACCACUCGGGUGGGCUGUGCGGCGUGCGGUGGGAACGGUACCAAUUUCUUUGAGACGUACGUUGUGUGCGAUUAUCAACCGCCGGGCUCGUCUUCGGGUAUCGGCGAAGGGAUUGCUCUGAAGUUGUCGUCUUUGGGCGCAAAUGUAGUCAUCACUGGAAGGGAUGACCAGAGAAUCCAAUCUGUGGUCAAAAAGUGUGAAUCGCUUUCCAAACAGAAAGCACUGGGAGUUAGGGCUGACUUAAUGGUCGACAAUGAAGUCAAGGAUUUGGUACAAAAAACUAUCGCAGAGUUUGGAAAAAUAGAUAUUCUUGUGAAUAACGCUGGUGUGGGCUGUGUCACCAAAUUUGAAGACCCGGGAUAUUUAGAUUCAUUUGAUACAGUGAUAAACACUAAUGUCCGGAGUAUUCAAGUAUUGACUCAAUUAGUGGUUCCAUAUCUCGAGUCAACCAAAGGAAACAUUAUUAACAUCUCGAGUGUCGCCGGACUUAGACCCAACCCGGACACAAUGGCUUACUGUAUGGCUAAAAGUGCCCUGGACAUGUUUACAAAGUGUUUGGCACUACAUUUGGGGCCCAGAGGCAUUCGUGUGAAUAGCGUCAAUCCCGCUGCCAUCCGGACCCCUAUAUUCAAUCUGUGCACCAAAAGUGAGCAAAUGUUGGAUUUCGUGGAAAAUCUCUGCAAAACAACUUACCCCUUGAGACGUAUCGGUGAACCGGAAGACGUGGCAGAAUUGGUGGCAUACCUGGCCUCUGAUGUGUCGUCCUUUGUGACGGGAACUCUCAUUCCCAUCGAUGGCGGGAGUGUCCACUCCGGAGAAUCUAAUAUUAAUCCCAAUCUUAUCAAAUAAUAAUCCCUUU